AUUUUCGCUUUCAAGAAUGCGUCUUUCUAUUAUUGCAUCUCUUAUUGCCCUGUCUGCUACUAGUGCUGUAGCUUCGAUUGACCGCAUUGUUUUAUACGCUGACAGUUUCUCAGAUAACGGCAAUGAUUAUCGCGGUAGCAAGUUCCCUCCUUCUCCUCCCUAUUGGAAAGGAAGAUUCUCCAAUGGACCUACAUGGGCAGAACAUGUAGCCAAAGCAAUUUCUAUUCCUUUUGUUAACAAUGGUCACGGUGGAGCCACCACAAACAACGAAGAUGUAUACUCUGCCUUCAAUAAUUGGACUGUACCUGGUCUCAAGCAGCAAGUGGCUACUAUCAAGACUCACGGAACACCCAAGUCUUUGUACAUUAUUGAAAUAGGCUAUAACGAUUUGAAUGCCAUUAUUAACCCUGAUCAAUACAAUGUGGUAAACAAGCACUUAUCCAAGGAGGUUAUUGCUAAAAAUGUGGUGGAUAGCGUGAAAGCUAUUAUCAAGAAAUACAAGGCCAAGAAGUUUUUAUUUAUGAGUGUUCCACCUUUUGAUCAUUGGCCCGUCAUCCAAGCAGCGGACAAGGCUAGAACCAAUAAGCUGAUUACCUCUUACAAUGCGUUGGUUACAUCCGAGCUCAAGAAAAAGAUUCAUGGGGUUGACCUUAAAUUUAUUGACACUCAUGGUUGGUUUUUGGAGCAAUUGGCACAUCCAGAAAAAUUGGGAUUGUCUACUAGCAAUGGUCCUUGCGAUUGGGGAAUUGGUAAUACUACUGCUAUCUGUGACGAUCCUGAAAAGCACUUUUUCUUUGACUCUUACCAUCCUGAAGCCAAAGUUCACAAGGCAUGGGGAAAAACUGCGCUUGUCCAACUUAAACAAUUAUACAAUAUUCAUUAGAUUAGUCAUGUGGCAACA